UACAUAUACAAAUGUAUGUGUCAUCCAUGUGUACUUCAGUGUCUACUGUCCAAGUGUCAGCAACUAGCUGAGCUGCACAUCUCUGGGAACCCCUUCUGUAAGGAGAGAUUCAGUUAUCACCAGGAGUUGCAGAGCCGAAUACCUUCUCUUGAACUUCUGGAUGGACUGACAACCAAGAGGCAGUCAGGAAGGGUUGGGUCAGCCCCGGUCAUGAGGCCCAUGUCUGCAUCAACAAUUGUGAGUGCCAGACAAGUGGAGAGCCAGCUGAGGAAUGUGGAGCAGCAGCUCAGCACCUUCCAGUCUGAUUUAGGUCAAAGGUUUUCCUCCCUGAGAGCCACGAUGGACUCCCUCCCUGUAGAGCCUCCACCUUCAGCACGGUCAGUUGGAGACAGAAGUGACAGCAGGCCAUCGUCAGGUGCGAGUUCCAGACCUGUCAGCAGGUGCAGCAGCCGAGCACGUCUCAAGGAGGCCAAGGACUUUGCAGCAAAGAACUUUCAGUUGUAGUCACUGACAGGAAUUUGGGCAUUCCUCACAUGGCUUUUCUGAUGCUGAACAAGAGAUCAGGGACAAGUUAAUGGGACCAUGACAAAACAAGCUUUGCCAAAUUCAAUGGUACAUCGGAGUAAGACUUUGAUAAAUCAUGCUUGUCUGAAGAACAAAAGCAAGCAGAUUUAUGUCAAUAAUACUAGUAUCAAAAUGAUACUGAUAGUCAGACAUGUACAUUGUAGAAGUACAUGACUAAUACACACUUGUGUUCCGGACAGGAAAUAGUGCAUAUUGUAUGU